AUGGGACAGAUGGCGUCGCCUGCGGCCACUGCUUCGCUCUUGUCCCCUCCGCGUAGCACCGCAGCGCGCAAGAAACCACUGGAGACGACGCACUCCGACGGUCCUGAGGCGUCCGACCUGCUCGACACCACAGCUGCGGUUGGUCGCAAACGGAAGAAGGCGAGUGCCAGCACUCUACCAACGAACACCACCGGUAGUAGUAGCGCUACGCCAGUGUCGAGUAAAAAGCGGACGCGGCUGUCGAUUGGUGCACCGGGUAAAGUGACGCCACUGGCGGACGUGCGCGAGAAGGAGAUCCACCGGACGUUCACGGAGCACGAAGUCGCGGAGGUGUACAAGGCCAUUCGCAAGCAAACGGGCAGUCUCGGCGGCAAUGCAGCCGGUGGCGCCAUCUACGGCGAGAUCACGCAAGCUUCGUUCCAACGCGUGGUGGACUACCUCAAGGACAAGUGCGAACUCUCUGCGUCCAGCUGCUUUGUGGACGUGGGCUCGGGACUCGGCAAGCCAAACUUCCACGUGUCCGUGGAUCCCGGCGUUCAGGUCUCGUACGGCAUCGAGCUCGAAGAACUGCGCUGGCACCUGUCGCUGCACAACCUCCGCAGUGUGUUGUCGCUCGACUCGCAGCGUCACAAGCCGCUUUCGACCGUGUUCACGGCAGGCGACAUCACGCACGCACACACGUUUGAACCGUUUUCGCACGUGUACACUUUUGACGUGGGCUUUCCACCCGAUGUGAUGGACAAGAUGGCGGAGAUGUUUAACCGUAGCUCGGCGCAGUACUUUGUCAGCUUCCAUUCGCCGCGGAAAGUGGUCGAGACGUAUGGGUUCUCUGUGACAAACAUCGGACGCGUCGCGACGUCGAUGGCAGGUUCGAGUGAAGGUCACCAGUGCUACUUCUAUCGGCGUGUGGCGCCGACAGAGGAGGAAAGUGAACCCGAGAGUGGAAAAGCGACUGUGAAGGUGUCGUCGCUGACUGACAGCAAUGCCCUCUGCCCACCGCUGACGGAAGACCCUCUUUUCAGCCAAGGGAUCGAGCUCUUGAAGACCGGUCGCGAAGGCAUGCUGUUGUGGAUCGACAGCUUUUUUGACCAGGCGAAUGCAGGACGCACUCGCCUACAGAAGCGCAUCUUGCGCGAGCGUCCAAUGGAGUCGUACUAUCCCACGGUCAAGUCGCAUGUUGUUGCCGCUUGCAGCAGCGUACUGCAGAAAGGCAAGAAGAAGACGGCGAAGGUGACGAAGCGCAAGGUCAACCUCCGCGCGUAA